CAUUUUUUGUUCUGUUACCAAAUCGGAGGGAUAGGGAGAAGAGGGAGUGCGGGAGUUGAUUCAGAGGGCCCUUUCUCCAUUCUUUUUCCCAUACUUGGCUUGGCCUCUCGGAUCAAAUCUGGUCUGAAAUCGCCACGGUGUUUACGAUAUGUUGAAUUAAGGAUUGAUGUUGUGGUCUCCGGGGUUGGGAUAAUGUCAAUUAUUGUGCUCGCCAUCUGUAGAACAAUCUGGCGGAUUCCUGUGUUUGACAGUUUUGUAUUUUGUGUUGGGAUGUCCAGAAAUUUUGGGGCAACACCGAAUAAUGGAGUUAAAUGGGAAAUCCAUGGUGUCAGAGGCUGCAAAUGUUAUUUAUCUUUCAACUAUUGUGGGUGGAGAUGGGGAAGUAGUUGGUCACAAAUGUGAUUGGAAAUGUGAGAAUGAGCAUGUGUGUGGUAAUAUGUAUCGCUGCAAACUGACAGGAGUGACUCACAUUUGUGACAAAAACUGUGACCAACGAAUUGUGUAUGAUAACCAUACCUCACUCUGCCGUGCAAGUGGGCAGGUUUUCCCGCUUACACUCACAGAGGAACAAGCAAUCAGAGGCAUUCGCAGGAAGCUUGAUGCUGACAAUUCCUCCGUUGAUGACUUUGGUUUCAAGCGUAGGCGGGAUGCCCAGUUUCAUCCUUCUCCUUUUGAGAGAUCUUUCUCUGCUGCCCUCCCAUUUUGUAGUCGAGUUGGAGACGGCAUGGAUAUGAACUAGAUUUACAUUUGAAUAAUUUCCUUGCUGUUUGUAGGAACACUUAUAUGUUUCUAAUCUUGUUUAAUGCACUAUGUAGCUGACAUUAGAUUGACUGUAACAGAUGGGAUGGAGAUCUUUACAUUUCUAUUUACUACUUCCUUACCCUGCAUCUCUUUCUACAAAGUUGAUAUGCAGCCAGGUUUUUGUUUGCA